AUGUCUAAGGGGGAGCAGAUUGUUCCCGGUGUUGAUGAGUAUUUCCAGGAACGAGGGCCAACUGUCACGUUCAGCAACUUGCACUACUGUGUUCAUGAGACGAGGUUCUGCCGCAAGAGAGGUCCUGAAAAAAACAUCCUCAACGAUGUAUGUGGCAUCAUGAGACCUGGGAUGAAUGCCAUCAUGGGCGCCACCGGAAGUGGGAAAACAUCACUCCUGGAUGUAAUUGCAGGAAGAAAAGACCCAGCUGGACUGAAGCAAGGAAAAGUGUUGGUGGAUGGCAAAGCCGUCACGUCUGAACUCAGGCUCAGCUCUGCCUAUGUGGUCCAGGAUGAUAUCCUGAUGGGCACUCUGUCUGUGAGGGAGAAUCUUCUGUUCAGUGCCAAUCUGCGUCUCAACCCUCGGCAUCACUCGUCCUCAGAUAAAAAAAGCAGAGUAGAUGCCAUUAUACAAGACCUGGGCCUGACAGACUGUGCAGACACUAAGAUAGGGACAGAGUUUCUGCGUGGCGUAUCUGGAGGUGAAAGGAAGAGGUGCAGCAUCGGGAUGGAGCUCAUCACCUCUCCCUCUCUGCUGUUUCUGGAUGAACCGACCACCGGGUUGGAUUCUAACACUGCAAAUUGUAUCAUCAAUCUACUGCACAGGCUGUCCAGAAAAGGUAAGACUGUGAUCUUCUCCAUCCACCAGCCACGCUACUCCAUCUUUAGACAGUUUGACCAUCUGACUCUGAUGCAUAAAGGGGAGGUGGUGUACGCAGGAGCAGCAGCCCAUGCACUGGAAUACUUUACAAACCUUGGCUACCAAAUUCAGUCCUUCGACAACCCUGCUGAUUUCUUCAUGGACAUCACAAAUGGAGAGGCAAAAUCAACAUCAGAAUCACUUACUGCAGUAGAGUAUAAAAACUCACUGGCAAACAAGUACAGACAGUCCCAACUGUGCCAGAAUGUGCUUGAGGAGUUAGGCCAUGUGGACCAGCGCAUUGCUGAAGGGGCCAAAGGUCAUGACAAGGCAGCAGAAUAUGCUACCUCUUUCUUCUAUCAGAUGCGUGUGGUGUGUGGCAGGACAGUGCAGAACUCUCUGAGGAACCCUCAGACCUCUUAUGCCCAGUUGGCUCUCAACAUCUUCUUUGCAAUUCUGGUGGGACUCAUUUAUUACCAAAUGCCCUUAACAUUGCCCGAGGCUUUACAGAACAGGAGUGGAGCGUUCUUCUUCCUUAUCAUCAACAUGGUGUUUGGGAAUCUCUCUGCUGUUGAACUCUUUAUCAAUGAAAGGGCAAUCUUCAUUCACGAGAACUCCAGUGGCUAUUACCGUACUUCGGUCUACUUCUUGUCCAAGAUCUUCGCUGAUCUCAUCCCCAACCGUAUCAUCCCCAUCUUUGUGUUUUCAGCCAUAGCCUACUAUAUGAUGGGAUUGAAGCCUGCCUUCGAGGCCUUCAUGUGUUUCGCCCUGACCAUGUCUCUGGUCAGUCUGGCAGGAGUCAGUUUGGCCUUCCUCGUCUCAGCGAGUGUAUCUUCCUUUGCCAUGGCUAACAUCCUCAUUGCUCUACCCUUUGUCUUCAUGAUGGUCUUUGGUGGUUUUCUUGUCAAUCUCAAUGCUAUGCUGAGCUGGCUCUCCUGGCUGAAAUGGAUCAGUAUCUUCAGAUAUGGACUGAAUGCUGCAUUCAUCAACGAGAUGUCAGGACAGUUGUUCUACAGCAACACGACCAUUAUCCCAGGGGAGCUGUUCCUUAAAAGCCAGGGCAUCGACUACUCUGUGUGGGGCUUCUGGCAGAACCAGGUGGCUCUGCUGGGAAUCAUAUUGAUCUGCAUGUUCCUGGCCUACAUUCAGCUGCGACGAAUCAACCGCUGGAAAUGA